AUGGAGAAACCUGGGGUGCCGCUAGCUCCGACAGCUAGAGCCGACAACGCCGAAAGGAUGAACGGCACUGAUACGGUAGACACGACGCCCGCUGAAGAAGACGUUCAGGACGCACAGGGAGCAGAGGUGACACUGCCCAAGGCCAUGCAGAUAGAGUCGGUCAGUACUCGUCCCAUCACUAGGACACGUAGCCGGGACUUUCCAAGGCGUUCCAGGGGCACAAGUAGUGACAGAAGGUCGUCCAGCAUCAAACCUGCCAGUGGUGUGGGCACAAUGCCCGCCUCGGCUGCACUGACGACGCUCCACGCCAGGGGCGCCAGGGGUUCAACCAGUGCAUCCAAAGGCUCUAUCCACUCCUGGCCGCUGCCUUCGAAGCCGAAGAAUAGUUGGCAACUCCCGCCACCAAAGCGCUCGAUCGACGCCAUGCGGGACUUCUCCCCCCUUUCCUCUGUGGCCAGCCCGAUUUCCAGUUCCGUCGCCGGCGCCACGAGUACCGGACUGCCGUCGCAUAGCCGCACUUCGACGUCGAAGGCGGACCGUGGGGUUCACGUGCUUGCGCUCCUCUAG